UUUCAGUUUUCUAACCUAUAAGUAAAUUCCAGGUUUACUUGAACUGAUUUUGACUACGGUUCUGCGAUUACGAUAAUUAGAACUGAGUUGUGUCGUGUACACUUCACUUCAAUCUCGUUAUUAGUUUGGUAGUUGUAAAUUAAGUAAAUUACUUAAAUUUUUAAAAAAGCUUCAUAAAGUUGUCACCAUGCCAGCUGAAGAGAAAACAUCAGGCAAAAAGCUGUCUAACAAAGAAAAGAAGAAGUUGAAACUAGAGGAGGAAUUUGAAACUAAGCCAGCAAAGUCGAAGAAAGGCCGGAAACAUGAUGACUCAGACUCUGAAGUAGAAACGUCUCAGAAACCAGCAGUGAAUGAUGAUGAAGAAAGUCAAGCAUCGGGCAAACCUCAGAAGAAGUUAUCUGCCAAAGAAAAGAGGAAAUUGAAGAAAGGGCAAAUGGAUGAUUUCAAUGACUCUGAUUCGAUAUCUUCUUCUCUAUCUGGAGUUCAGAAAGCUAAAAAAUUGUCUGCAAAAGAUAAGAAAAAGUUGAAAGAUGAAGAAGGAUUCAGGAGUAAGGAGCAUAAACCAACCAAAGGAAAGAAAAGAGAUGAUGAUAGUGACUCAGACUCAAACGUCAAAAAAUCUAAGUCAGGAAAAUCAGGUAAUGUUUUUGCAUCUUUUAUUGAGUCAGAUGAAGAUGAGCCUGUUGCAAGCUUAGCUCCCAAAAAGUCCAGUGCCAAAGAAAAAAAGAAAAUUGAGAAGAAGAAGAAAAAGCUAGAAAGUGACGAUGAAAGUGAUGAUUUUAGCAUCAGUAAAAAAGAUUCCGAUGAAGAUUCAAGCGCAACGGACCGCAUAGGAAAAAUACCCAAAAAACUAACAGCGAAAGAGAAGAAAAAGUUGGAAAAGAAAAAGAAGUUGGAAGAAAGUGCUGAUGAAAGUGAUGAUAUAGAUGUCAUUAAAAAAGAGAAUUCUAAGAAAAUAGAAGAGUCUGAUGAGGAUUCUGAUGAUUCAAAACCCUCGCUCAAAAAACUAUCUGCCAAAGAAAAGAAAAAGUUAGAAAAGAAGAAGAAACAAGCAGUAAGUGAUGAUGAUAGUGAUGAUUUGGAUAUCAUUAAAAAAGAAAAAACUAAGAAAGUGGAAGAGCCUGAUGAGGACUCAGAUGCCUCAAAACCUGUACUUAAAAAACUAUCCGCUAAAGAAAAGAAAAAGUUAGAAAAGAAGAAGAAACAAGCAGUAAGUGAUGAUGAUAGUGAUGUAGAUAUCAUUAAACAAGAAACUGCAAAGAAAGCAUCGGACUCUGACAAUGAAGCUUCCACUAAUGCAGCGCCUAAAAAACUCACAGCAAAAGAAAGAAGGAAACUGGAGCGGAAAAAGGGAUGGGAAGAAGAGGAAGAAGAACAGGAUGAGGAUGUAACAAAACCCAAAGAAGAGAAAAAAGUAGAGGAUGUCGCAGAAGAGAAAGGUGGUAAAAAACUCAAUGCCAAGGAAAGAAGAAAGAUGGAGCGACAGAAACAAUGGGAUGAACUCGGUGAAGAGAAAAAAGAUGUUGAAAAUGUUGAAGAUAAAGCUGAGUCCAAACCUGUUGAAGUGAUUGAAGCAGCAAUUGAAAAUCUGCAGAUAACUAAAGGAAAACAGAAAGAGAAAAAGAAGAAAAAAGACGGUGGUAAAGAGAACGAACCUGAUGCAGAGUUAAGUAGCAAAGAAUCCAUUAAAAAGGAUGAAAAAGUUGAGAGUAAAACGGUGAAUGAUGUUGAUGCAUUGAGUGCAAGUUUAGAUAGUAUGCAGCUGAAAGCUAAGGAACCCAAGAAACUGUCCGCCAAAGAGAAGAAAAAACUAGAAAAGAAAGAGAAAAUUGAAGCAGAUUUCAAACGGCAGAUGGGAUUACUUGACACCGAAGAAGGGGAGAAGAAAAAUGAUGAUGAAAAAUUAGAAAUCAAGGAAGAUGCGAAAAAAGUUGAAGGUAGUGAAGCAGAUGUAAAUGAAGAAAAAGUUGAAAAAUCUAAAGAAAAGAAAAAGAGUAAAAAAGAAGUGAAGUUCAGUGAGCCCCAAGAAGACCAUAAAGAUGAAAUAGCUGAAGAGGAAGCUUCCAAAGACGAAUCUGUUCCUGAAAUUUCAGAGGAAAAAGGAGAGAAGGAGAAGAAACUCACACACAAAGAGAAAAAGAAGCUGAAAAAAGAAAUGGAAUAUCAAAAAAUGAUGGAGUUAACAACAAAGAAGGGUGGACAAGGUCAUAGUGAGUUAGACUCAAACUUUGCUGUCUCCCAAUCCUUAAAAUCAGCUAACCAAUUAGCAGCACUUGAGAAUGCUGUAGAUAUCAAAAUUGAAAACUUUAGCAUAUCGGCCAAGGGAAAAGACUUGUUCACAAAUGCAACGCUUUUAAUUGCUGCAGGCCGCAGGUACGGUUUAGUUGGACCCAAUGGACAUGGUAAAACAACAUUACUCAGGCAUCUUGCGACUCGAGCUUUUGCAAUUCCGCCAAACAUUGAUAUUCUUUAUUGUGAGCAGGAAGUCAUUGCCGAUGAUACAUUAGCAUAUGAAGCUGUAUUAAAAGCAGAUGUCAAACGAACAGAACUUCUGAAGGAAUGUAAAGAGCUGGAAGAAAAAAUUGAGAAAGGAGAUUUGGAAGCACAAGAAAGGCUAAAUGAAGUAUAUGAAGAAUUAAAAGCAAUUGGUGCGGAUUCAGCAGAGCCACGAGCACGCAGAAUUCUAGCUGGUUUAGGAUUUUCACGAGCCAUGCAGGAUCGUCCGACCAACAGUUUUUCGGGAGGUUGGCGAAUGCGUGUCUCUUUAGCUAGAGCUUUGUUUGUAGAACCAACUCUUUUGUUACUUGAUGAACCUACAAAUCACUUAGAUCUUAAUGCUGUAAUUUGGCUGGACAACUACUUACAGGGCUGGAAGAAAACACUCUUAGUUGUCUCUCACGACCAAAGUUUCUUAGAUAAUGUUUGUAAUGAAAUUAUUCACCUAGACAUGCAAAAACUAUUCUACUACAAAGGAAAUUACACAAUGUUCAAAAAAAUGUUUGCGCAAAAGCGGAAAGAACUAAUUAAAGAGUACGAAAAACAAGAAAAGCGUAUCAAGGACUUGAAAGCUCAUGGUCAGUCCAAGAAAGCUGCAGAAAAGAAACAGAAAGAGGCGCUCACGAGGAAACAAGAGAAAAAUCGUAGCAAAGCACCGAAAGCAGACGACGAAGACAAACCCACAGAAUUGUUGCAGAAACCAAGGGAAUACAUCGUUAAAUUUUCCUUCCCAGAUCCUCCUCCUCUCCAACCACCUAUUCUUGGUCUUUACAACGUAACUUUUGCGUAUCCCGGCCAAAAACCACUCUUCAUUAAUUGUGAUUUCGGUAUUGACCUUAGUUCUCGUGUUGCUAUCGUAGGUCCUAAUGGAGUUGGUAAAUCUACGUUUUUGAAACUUCUUACCGGUGAUUUGGAGCCAACAAAAGGUGAAGUCAAAAGAAAUCACCGGCUUCGAAUUGGAAGGUUUGACCAACACAGUGGAGAACAUUUAACAGCUGAAGAGACCCCUAGUGAAUAUUUGAUGCGGCUAUUUGAUUUGCAGUACGAAAAGGCGCGCAAAGCUCUAGGAACGUUUGGUCUGGCGUCACAUGCUCACACAAUCAAAAUGAAAGACCUUUCAGGAGGGCAAAAAGCACGAGUAGCUAUGGCCGAACUGUGUCUAAUGGCUCCAGAUGUUAUAAUUUUGGAUGAACCAACGAACAAUUUAGAUAUUGAGUCCAUCGAUGCUCUGGCAGAAGCAAUUAACGAGUAUAAUGGAGGAGUUAUUAUCGUUUCUCACGACGAACGUUUGAUCCGAGAAACAGAAUGUUCUCUAUGGGUCAUUGAGGAUCAGACGAUCAAUGAAGUCGAUGGAGACUUCGAUGACUACAGGAAGGAGCUGUUGGACAGUUUGGGUGAAGUCAUCAACAAUCCUAGUAUCAUUGCCAACGCAGCUGUUGAACAGUAAAUUUAAUCCAGUCAUGAGGUUCAAAAGUAUUUUUUCCUUGAAAACUUUUAAGAAAUGUCUUUGAUUGAAACCUCAGAAUGAUCUUGUGUCAACCCUAAAAGUAAGGAAAGCAAUUAUCAAUACCUAUCCCUACUGCCUCCCUCUCUCAAAAAAAUGGUAGAUGAUAAUAAGUAAUGUUGAAAAAUCCCAAGUUUUAAAGAAUUUUUCAAUGUUUUCUUACCUUUUUUACCUCAUUGUGUAACAAUGAAUUCAUUUCAAUAAUUUUCGGCAUAUCUCUCCUAGACUGGUAUUUUCUUAAUCUCCCUGCUGAAAAUAUCAGUGAGUGUUUGGUUUUUCCUCUUAAGAUGUACAACUGUAAUUACCUACCAGAAACUCAAUCCUCACCAUUGUUGGUCAUUUAAAGCACAGAAUAAGUCUUUUACUUCAAGCAGUUCUGCUACUUUUUUUUGUUAAUUUUUUUUUUUUUUUUUUUUUUUUUUUUUUUUUUUUUUUUAUAAUCAUUAGCCGUACUACUUUUCAGCUCUCUCAAUCCUAUUAAGAGUUAUAACUCUUUGCUCCUCUGUUUUUAGCUUAGAAUUCGUAAUUCGUCCUGUAAUUAUUAUAAUGAGUCAAUUUUUUCAUCUUAUGACUUUUUUUUGUGUAACAUUCUUUGUUACAGAAUAUAUUUCACUGUCAAAUAAAAUGAGAUUAGUCUAAUGGGUUAAUCUAUUGAAUAGGAAAUUUAUUUUAUCUGAUUCUCAAUUCUCAUAGAAAACUGAAAAGGAUGACGUAGAGUUUCAAAAUUGCAACUCUUUCAAAGUCUGGAAUUCUAAUGCUUAUCACCAUGUAUCAACGAUAUACCAAUGUAUUACAGACUUCCCGCUGCGAGAAAAAUUUUUAAAAAGACUGGAGUGUUACUGUCAAAACGAAGUUAGGAGCUCUUUAGGUCAAUUUUAUGUUUAAUUUCUUGUAGAUAAUUUAAUUUAAAAUGUAUUACUGUAUUCAUAGUUCUAUUUCUUUUUAAGUGAGAAUUUGCACAGUAUAUUUUGUCAUACUCCUAAAGUUUUCAACAUUGAUGUCAGUAUUUUUUACUUUCUCGCUUCUCUAGCGGGUAGAGGAAGUAUUUAAUUUAAUUGAACAAAUAAGUUUCAAAUUUCAAAGUUCCGUCAAAAUAUGAACCAGAGCUAAGUAAGAGUUUGCUUAUUUUAGCUCAGAUAUUACAUAUUAUUAUAAUUUUAUUUCUGAAUUAAGUGUUUAAUUUAAGACCGUUUUCUUGUUCAUGCUCAGUGGAUUUGUCCAUCCGUUCUUAAAUAAUUAGAAAAUGAGGGAGGACAGUCACAGAAAUUUUCUACAGACAGAAUACUUAGGUUGAAUUGAUUGCAGCAAGCAAAGAAAUGUUACUUUCGAAGUACAAACGUUACUAGCAAUCAUUUUUCCAGUCAUGAGGAGGCUUUAGGUAAAAUUAAGUAAAAUCGAUGAUGAAACCAGAAAAUAAGUAUCCGGAUUGCGGUGUUUCAACAUUUCUGUUUCAGCUUUACUUUUUCAGCAUAAAACUGUAAUAUUUUUGCAUCAAAUGAAUUAUUCAUCUCAAAGAUUAUUAUUCUCAUGAAUUAUUCUUUGAAUGCUGAAAGAAAAUAGUUUUAAUUUAUGAAUAUAAAAUUAUUAUUUUGUCUGAAUUAAAACUGAUUUUGCCAGAAGUUCUCAACAUCAUCAAUGAAGAUUCAAGCUUCUCGAGAUUCACUUUCAAAUUAUGACAAAACCGAGUCAACUAAGUGCCUUCUUUUGUGCCAAGCAUCAUUAUUUAAAAUUAUUUUACUACGGAUACGCUCUUUGAGUGACAGGAUGGUAGAUUAUUACUGGAUCCACACUAAGCUUCUGAUAAAUCAAUGCUCUGAUUCUCCCUCAGAAUAUUAAUGCAAUAGUUUGUACGGAAUGAAGUGAACUAUAAGGGUCAUCAAUACCACUACCGCUAGCCAGGUAAAUAGCAAUUUUUCAAACUAAAAAUUAGCAUUCCCAUCGGCGCUUUUCCAGACUCAAAUCAAGACACCCAGCGUCAUAUAUCCUCUGCUGAGGCCAUGGAAUGUAGUUGAUUUUUGCACACAACUUAAAUCUUUUUUGCAAGAAAAAAAAUAAAAACUUUGAGAAGGAUCGUUCAACAGUACAUUUUUAGGAAUGAAUCUACAAGGAGUUGACCCCAAAAAAACAAAAUCAUCUUAACAAGGAAAAACAUCAGAUUUGUAAUUUUACAACGUUUAUCGCAGAGUUUUCAAUAUAUAUUUUUUUAAAUUCAUGCUUAUCAAAGAGGAGACUGACUGUCGGAAACUAAAUUUAUCAUUCUAUAUGGUCAUUCUGACGAGGAAAAUUCUUCUCCUCUCAGUACGGAACCUUUUUGAGACUUGUUCACUUGCAACUGUGGCUCUCAAUGGUGAUUUUCUGUUAAUCUGCAAUGGCGUAUGCUUCUGUAAACUGUAAAUCUUCUCUUGAAGUGUUGAAUGUUUCUGAAAUUACUGUAAAACUUGCUGAUACUUAUCUAAUAUGUAGGGGAAAAAUGUCUUUUGGCGUAGAAUAGCUUAGGAAAGCUUCCACAUCCAAGACUAAUACUGCCGUGCUAAGGAAGAACGCCGUAUGAACAUUCGAGAGUUGCCAAAUUUCCUUCCACAAAAUGAUCAUUUUUAAGGAAAGUUAUGAAUAUUUUUUCUUUAAAUUUUCAAAAUCUUUAGGUUAAAUUGUGAACUAAAUUAUCUGAAAAAUUCGGAGGAAAACAUUGAUAAAUCUAUCAGUAAAUUUGCGUUUUAUGGAAGGAAAUUUGGCAACGCCUGAAGGUUCAUACGGCGUUUUUCCUUAGCAUGGCAGAAUACCUUUAGAUUGGAGCAAUAUACAUUAUACGUACCUAUGUAAACGUUCCUCAUAAGCUCCAAAAUAAAGCUGUUGUUUUUAGAAUCAAAGCUUGGUCUCAGGCACUACUGAUUUUGGUAAAAAAAAAAAAAAACUAUUCUUUUUUUUGUUAGAGCAAUUGUGUUUUCCUCACAAGCAACGUUAUAAUAGUACCAGGGGUCUUAGAACCAGUGUAAGGAGAAUUGUUUUGGUUAUUGUCAUCAUCAUGAGGUUACCGAAACAGGAACUUUCUCUUCUUGAUAAUCAUCUUAAGGCUGUGUUCGAACACUUAUUUUUGCUAUCUUGCUUGUUUCAAUCAACAUUUCAGAUCAUGAUGAAACUGAAUUGGAAUCAAACAUUGAGUUACGUUCCGUCUUACUCUGUAAAAUAAAAAUUGGAUAGAUAGUUAUUUUUUGUUUUGUAAGAAUAACCUGUUCAUACUGUAAAAAUAAAAUUUUGUUAUAUUUAUUUA